GCCGAGGUUGCUGCGACUGCCGCUGCAGCGAACGCUUUGCUAGAAAACUUUAGAACCACACGGGCUUAUCUCUGAGACGCAGCGACCGACGGCGGAAGCGUCCUGUGCCCAGGGGAGCAGUGUUUGACAACUUGCACAAAAGUGCUCUCUCAACAAGCAGCAACUACAAAUGGGCAAGCGCGGCAAGGAGCGCAAGCGCAAGCGCGCCGGGCUGACGCCGGAGCCCGGCGCCGACGCCGAGAUCGAUGCCGACGACCCCCUCGGCGGCCUGUCGGAGGCCGACCUAACAACAACGAUUCGGACGCUCGAAGUUCUAGGCCGGGACGCGGCCCUCUUCAAGUCGCGGCCCUUCAAGAAAUUACGAGCGGCUUUGGCGCCCUGCGCCCUGGCCUUAAUUGGACAGGACGCGACUGACGACCGGCAGCGCAGGAAAUUGGAGCGACCCGUCCAGGACGAAGAUGAAAGAAGAAGGGUCAUGGACCGCGACGCGAAGAAUCGGACGGCGCUGCGGAAAGAACGCUUGGAUCGCCUGGCGACGGCGGGCUUGGUCGCGGACGGUCCGGCCCUCGCUCCACAAUUACUCCUCACCGACGGCAAACAAGAGGAUUCUCUGAAGCGCGCCGUCGCCUGCUACUGCUGCAAGGCGCCCUUCUCGGAGCUGCACCACUUCUACGCGGCGCUCUGCCCCGCGUGCGCUUCAUUAAAUUUCGAAAAGCGGACGCAGACGGCGGAUCUAAGAGGGCGGGGCGCGCUCGUGACGGGCGCGCGCGUCAAGAUCGGGUUUCGCGUCGCGCUGAAAUUACUAAGGGCCGGCGCGACGGUCGUCGCGACGUCGCGCUUCCCCGCGGACGCGGCGGCGCGCUACGCGGCCGAGGCCGAUGCGGAAGAGUGGCGCGACCGUCUGAGAGUCGUGGGCUGCGACUUCCGGGACUUGGGCGCCGUCGAGGCGCUGUGCGCGGCCGUGCCGGAGCUGCUGGGGUGUGGACUGGACGUUCUCGUGAACAACGCGUGCCAGACGGUGCGCCGGCCCCCUCAAUACUACGCGCAGACCGUCGCGCGGGAAGCGAAGCUACGGAAGGCCAUCGGCAACGCGUCCUUACCAUUACUCGAGGGGCCGGCGAUCGCAGACGCGAAUGAACCGACGGCGGACGUGUCGUUGAUGCGCUCCUGGACGGCCAAAGCUCCAACGACGUCGGAUCCGGCGUUACGGGCGUUGCUCUGCGUCGCGCCCGGCGACGACGUGCGCGACGAUGCGGCCUUCCCGGAGGGCCGCACAGACGCGAACGCCGAUCUAAGUGAACAGCUCGACCUGCGGCGCGACAACUCGUGGACGCAGAGGAUCGACGAGAUCUCGACGCCCGAAUUAGCUGAAGUGUUCGCGAUCAACGCCCUGGCGCCCUUCGUCAUCAACUCGAAGCUCAUACCGGUACUUAAGGAUGGCGCGUCGAACGAAAGACGCCGGUUCGUGGUCAACGUCUCGGCGAUGGAGGGCAAGUUCUACCGCCACAAGCAGCCGACGCACCCGCACACGUGCUGACUCCGUGUCCUAUCUACAUUUUUGGGCUCGCGUCGACGGCGACUGCUGGUCAUCACACAGGAACAUGGCCAAGGCCGCGCUCAACAUGAUGACGCGGACCUGCGCCGCGGACCUCGCGAAGGCGCACGUGUUCAUGACGGCCGUCGACACGGGCUGGAUCAACGACGAGAAGCCCACCGGCCGCGCCGUCGAGCACGCCCGGCGCCACGCCUUCCAGACGCCCCUCGACGAAAUAGAUGCUGCCGCGCGGAUCCUGGACCCGGUCCUCGGCGGCCACGAGCCGCCGCUGCACGGCGUCUUCCUCAAGGACUACGCGCCGUGCGAGUGGUGA